AUGUCUUUGCAGGUGCUGGAUGAAGACUCGAGAUUUAAUCUUCACAAUAUUCAACAGAUGCGACGUCAGCGAUUGAAAACCUUGAUAAACAAGCUCUGCCGAUUCUGCAUUGAUUGUUACAGUGACAUUUCUCUAGUGAUCGCUGGCUAUGAGCUAACACCGCAAUCCGAACCACCACGGGUAGCUAUGUACUAUAUCAUCGAAUUCACAAUGCACCAAAAGCCAAGACUUAAUCCCUUUAACGUCAGGGGCAAGCGAAAGGCCACACUUGGACGCAUGCUGCAGGAUUAUCUAACAGAUUGUAAUACCGAUGGCUAUGUGUCAGAGUUCGGGCUGGAGACAGUGACUGACUCCCAGAAAGUUUGGCAGGAAGAGAGCCGCAAAUUCAAGCUCAAUUGCAAACAGCCUGUCUUGGAUGAUAACUUCCCCUCUUCUAAGACUGACCUGGUAUGA